UGCAAUCCAAAUCACACUUGCUCUGUUGAAAUUGUUUUGGAAGACCAUAGGCAAGCAAAAAGCAUCGUAGUUGGGGAAUUAAUAAAGAAUAAGUACAAGUCAAUCAAAAGAAAUUACACUCCAAAUGACAUCAUGAAUGAUAUGAAUGAUGACUUUGGAGUAACUAUGGGAUACACAAAAGCAUGGAGAUCAAGAGAGAAAGCUUUGCGUCUAGUAAGAGGGAACCCCGAUGAUUCAUAUCAGAAGUUGCCAAUAUAUCUUUACAUGUUGAAAAAAGCAAAUCCAGGAACAAUAACACACCUACUCACAGACAAGGAAGAUAGAUUCAAAUACCUAUACAUAGCUUUCUCUAACUCAAUCAAGGGUUGGAGAUACUUGAGGCCUAUAAUUGUUGUUGAUGGAACUUUUUUGAAAAAUGCACAUGGUGGUACCCUGUUUUCAGCAUCAACGUUAGAUUCAAACAACAACAUUUUCGUGUUGGCUUUUGGAAUAGCAGACUCCGAAAAUGAUAACUCAUGGCUAUGGUUCUUCUCCAAACUGCGAGAAACCUAUGGAGAACCCGAAGGAUUGGCUAUAGUUUCUGACAGACAUAAGAGCAUAGACAAUGCAGUACAUAUGGUGUACCCAAAUGCUUUCCAUGGAGCUUGCAUGUUUCACUUACUCAAUAAUUUGAAAGGCAAGUAUGGGAGCCAUGGAGAAGAACUACAAAUGAAAUUCAUUGCAGCAGCAAAAGCAUACACACAGACAGAAUGUGAAAACUACAUGAAAGGCCUUGAUAGAAUUGAUAGACGCAUUAGGCCCUAUUUAGAAAAAGCCAAGUAUGAAACUUGGGCAAGAUCAUACUCGCCAACAAAAAGAUACACCAUGAUGACAUCCAACAUCGCAGAAUCACUCAACGCUGCACUAAAAGCUGCAAGAAAUCUCCCCAUUGAUAUCUUGGUUGAAUGCCUUAGAAGUUUGGUUCAAAAGUGGGUUUGGAACAACUCAAAUAAUGCAAAUGGAACAUUCACAAAAGUCUCUACAGCAACAGAAAAUGAAUUGAGACAUGACAUUGUUUCAAAAAUGAAGUAUGAGGUCUUGCCUUUCAACACAAUAGAAUACCAAGUUCGUGAUCAAAAGGGGAUAAAUUUCACAGUAAAUAUACAUAAUAGAACAUGCACUUGCAAUAGGUUCCAAGAAGAUGAAAUACCUUGUGGCCAUGCAGUAGCUGUCAUUGCAAAAAGAAACUUGAGUGUCUAUGAUUAUUGUGCAAAAUUCUACAGAACAGAAACGUUGAAAGCAUUGUAUCAAGAAAAUGUUCAUCCUUUGCCCCAUAAAGAUGAAUGGAAUCUCCCACAACACUUGGACAUACUAGUGCUGCCUCCAAAUUCAACAAUCCCUGCAGGAAGACCAAGAAAGAAACGAAUAAGAUCAAGAGGGGAAAAUAACGUAAUAAUCACCUGUGGGAAAUGUGCACAACCAGGACAUAACAGGAAGACUUGCAGGAAUCCUCCAUUUCAGAAGCCAAAUAAACAGAAAAAGCCAAAGACAUAGAUUCACAUUCUACAGAAAAACAAACCUUUCAUAGCUUUCCUCAUUGAAAGAGAUACUUUCAUAUUCAUCAAGUAUCAUUCAGAAUUUUAAUAAGAUUGUUUCAAAAUAAAACACAUUGAUUGGUUAUGCAAACUUAUAAAAUCCUUUCAAAAUAAUUUUUUGGAUUUGUUUGCUUCUAUUUUUCAAUGCUACAAUCACUAACAACAAAAACAACGAUAUAGGUAACUGGUUACCCUGAAGUUUCAAUACAAGGUAAAUUACCCCACUAUAACAAUCUCAAAGCCAAAAAAAAAGAAAAAAAGAAUUAAACCCUUUACUUUCUUCUAUCACAAACUCGUCUAUAUAUAAUAUUAAAGUUACUUUAAUAUUAAUAUAAUAAACUGGUUGCAUAACUAUUAAAAAAGACAAGCUUAGGGGAAAAAAAAAAAAAAAACACUUAAGUAACCAGUUACCCUCGGUAUAUUAUGAAACAAACAGCCUGAGUACCUAGUUAUCCUCCAAUAUCA